UUUUGGCAAAAGAAAAACUUUCGUUUGUGCUCAAUUGUGGGGAGUGGUGUGGCAGCUGAAGCAGAAGAAGAAGAAGACUGCUCCGUCGUUCCGUAGAACACGAGUGCGCUUCAUCCGCUGUCGGAGCUCCGGAACAACCCUGAAGAUGGCCCACUCUGCUGCAGAAACUCCCGUGGGUCAGCACCAGAAAGUCAUAGUGCCCAACAAAAAUGGUGAAAAACUCGUGGGUAUACUUCAUGAUACGGGAUCAGCGGAUGUUGUCAUUUUGUGCCAUGGUUUUCGUUCAACCAAGGAAAAUGAUAUAAGCGUAAACCUUGCUAAAACAUUAGAAAAUGAAGGAAUCAGUGCCUUCCGUUUUGACUUUUCUGGAAAUGGGGAAAGUGAAGGUUCAUUUAAAUACGGUAACUAUAAUGGAGAGGCUGAUGACUUGCAUGCCAUAAUCCAACAUUGGCGUGCAGCAGGCCGUGUAAUAAGUGCAAUUCUUGGGCAUAGCAAAGGGGGUGACGUGGUGCUUCUUUAUGCUUCCAAGUAUCAUGGUAUCAGUUUUGUUAUCAAUGUUUCUGGACGUUAUGAUCUGAAAAGAGGUAUAAAAGAGCGCUUGGGGGAUGAAUUUAUGCAAAGAAUUGAAAAGGAAGGAUAUAUUGAUGUCAAGAAUAAGAAAGGAACAGUAGAAUAUCAAGUGACGUUGGAGAGCUUGAAGGACCGCUUAAACACUGAUAUGCAUGAAGCUUGUCUUCGUAUUGACAAAGAAUGCAGGGUGUUCACAGUCCAUGGAUCUGCUGAUGAAAUAAUCCCUGUUGAAGAUGCAUUUGAGUUCGAUAAAAUCAUACCAAACCAUAAGCUACAUGUCAUAGAAGGAGCCAAUCACAGUUACACCUCACAUCAAACUGAAUUAGCCUCAAUUGUUUUGAAUCUCAUUAAAACAAUGUUGCAGCAUUGAAAGGAUGAUGCUCGAUUUACCUCAUCCUCUGUGGGGUCACUCUCAUCUCUCCCUUCUCCGAGCUUGGGUUAUGGAAGAAGCAACCGAGAAGAAAGUAUUAGCAAUGACAGGUUUUAUUACGGCACAGCUCAAGAGGUUCAUGUCGAUCUAUUAUAUGCCUCUGCAUCUAGCAUUGGAUAGACCUCAUACAAUAGUUGUUUUAGUUCUAUCGUAUCUUUUGUUUCAUUUCUUCUAGAACAAUCACAAAAACUUACGGAUCUACCAUAAAAAACUCAAUACUUAAUUUUAGUAUUCGAUGUGUAUUCUUGAAUAAUCCUAUUUUUCAAUCAUUCAACUGCUGCACUGCGGUAAGUUAAAACUGUUAGGAGGAGCGAUUGAUAUGGAUUCUAUUUUUGCU